AUGUUAUGUUCCACAGAUUCAUAUGACAGUAAUCCUGAGACAACGUCUGAUUCUGAAAGUGGAGAAGAAGGGGAAGAAAAGAAAUCCAAGGAAAAGAAGAAAAAAGAGAAGAAACCAAAGGCUGAAAAGAAAUGGGAUAAAAUGAAUGAAGAGGCCAAAGAAAAUUAUGCAGCAGCAAUGGAAGAAUGGAAGAAAAAAGUCGCUGAAAGGGGAGAUGUUGAAGAACCUAGAGAUAUUGCGCUGCUAAAACUUUUACAUCUAUCUAUCUAUCUAUCUAUCUAUCUAUCUAUCUAUCUAUCUAUCUAUCUUAGUCUGUUCAUAUCUAUCUAUCUAUCUAUCUAUCUCUAUCUAUCUAUCUAUCUAUAUCUAUCUAUCUAUCUAUCUAUCUAUCUAUCUAUCUAUCUAUCUAUCUAUCUUAGUCUGUUCAUAUCUAUCUAUCUAUCUAUCUAUCUAUCUAUCUAUCUAUCUAUCUAUCUUGGUUGGUUUUAUCUAUAUCUUUAUCUAUUUAUCUUCUCUAUCCUAUCUAUCUAUCUGCCCGUGUUGAAACCAUUAUCUAUCUAUCUAUCUAUCUAUGUUCAAAUCUAUCUAUCUUGA